AUAACAUACAUUAAAAUCAAUUGAUAUAAAACAAAGGUACUACUAUCAAUUUUUAAGGUUAAUUGUGUAAGUGUGCAGAUGACGAACCAAACAGGUGAGCAGUUACCCACAAUAGAUGAACGCAAACCCUUAAGCCAGCAGCAACAGCAACAUAUUAACAUUCAGGGUGCUCAUUCAGGGACAUCACCACCAGAGAAGCCAGCUUGUCCAGAUCUCAUUAACGGACCUAGAGACGAUUUUCUCAAGAUCGGUGUCCCUCUGUACGAGGCAUCAAUAAAAUGUGACUGGAAGGCGGCCAAAGCCAUUUUUGAUAAGUACAAAGAGAUGAACUUGGAAAGGUACAGCAUCACCGAAAAUGGUGAAACGGCGCUUCAUGUUGCUGCGUCAGCAAAAAAUCCAAAAGACGUUGAAAAGUUUGUGAAAAAUCUGGUGGGUAUGAUGCAAGACGAAGACUUGGAACUACAAAACGACAAUCACAACACGGCUCUCUAUUUAGCAGCUGUAGCUGGAAAUAUUGAAGCCGUUAAAAUUAUGGUGGAAAGGAACAGGGCCUUGUUGUCAAUUGCCGGUGCUAAUGGAACAAUGAUGCCCUUAUACGCAGCGGUCUUGUUUCGAAAUGAGGAUGUGGUAAAAUAUAUGUACAAUAAUUCCAACAACUUGGGUGAUAAAGGUUGGACACCUCUGAAUCGUGGUUGGUUGCUUGAGAAAUGCGUCGAGAUGGAUAUGUUUGAUGUCGCUCUAAGGAUUGUGAACACUUAUCCAGCACUUCGUACUGGAAGUGUACUUGGACUUUUGGCUCGCAAGCCUGAAGCAUUUCCUGAAACAAAAUUUAAAAUCAUACCGGCAACAAUCAAUUGGUGCAAACAUCUCUACUCCAAGAUUCUUAUAUCACAUGACCAAUCAUCUCAAAAUAAGGACGAUGGUAGCAGAACUGGACCUAUAGAAGCGUCUGAACCAUUUCCGGAAACGAAACCUAACUUCAUCAAAAGAACCAUCAAGUCAGGUCAAGUUGAGGGGGCUGUAUGUUAUAUUCAAGGGACUGAGAUCAUCUUGAUGAAGAAGUUUGGACUUGGUUGUAACUUUUCAGGGACUUAAGUGUAAUAUCACUAGGUCUUGAUAUAAAAGCUGUACUUCUGGAGAGUUCAUCAAUUUUUUCCCAAAACUUCACUUUUACAACUCUCUCUCUCUUUGUUACGUAUGAGAGAUUAAAGAACUGUUAAAGUUCUUGUUCUUGUUGAUUUAUUCAGUAUUGUUGAAGGUCCUGUGGAUCGCAUACCGUCAGCCUCUCUCGUUCUUAUUGGAGUUCAUUCAGUGUGCUGGAGAUUUAAUCAAGAUCUAUUGAAGAUUUUUGUUCAUCUUUGCUUCGCCUGUAUUGCUGAUCAUGUGAAUCUUCAUAUAUCAGGUUGUGUUGUUUCGUUUAUAGUUGUAUUGUGUUGGUUAAUCAACUGAUUGUUAUCAGUUGAUUACAUACUUUGUUAACCAGUCUAGUAUGGCCUGGUUAUAGUUGAUCCUGUGUUGGAUCUUGUUGUUUGUUAUUUCUUUGUAUGAUCAACAGAUAUAUUAUCUGUUGAUCCCGUAUCUUGUACUUGAUUGAUAUAGAUCUUACUUAUGUAAGAUCUAGGGUUUGGGGGGAGUUUUUGGUUUGGGUUAAGUAAUAAAGUUUUCCGUCAUGUU